AUGCCGGGAGCUACCGACUCCCUUAAUGAUGCCAUUUGCAGGUUCUUGGAGGUAGGGACGUCAUCCUGUAGGACAGAAUGCGACGAGUAUGCGUGCCAAAAUUGCGGCGGAGAGCGCAAACCCAACUAUCACCAAGGCAUUCGUAGCUACAUUGUCAUUGCGGGGCCGAGUAGCAACAAGAUUGUUCAGUUCCGCGAAAAGACCGCACUGCUGGAUAUGAGAUCUCUCGCUCCAGCAAAAGAGAUUCACCUAGAUCUCGUCUCCAGCUGUUCGGAGCUCGGAUGGAUCGGCGAGACAAAGGGACAACAACUUGCAGUUGAACAGCACAUGCGUACAGUGACUAGCCUGGCAAGGUUUUUCGCGCAGUCGUGGCUAAAAGGCAUGCCAAAAGAUCCAAACUUGAUUGACGUACGUGCCGUCAGCGCCGAAUGCCACGCCAGAUUGGAAUACCUAGCUGGUGGCUUACCCGAGCGAUUUAUCCCUAUAAUCACCCAAGUGCAAGCCACCUUGCCAGCCCUUCUCGACGGAACCUGUCCGGUGGUCCUUACACACAGCGACUUGAAUCAGAUGAACAUUCUGGUCGAUCCCGUGAAAGGAAACAUUACAGCCGUUGUUGACUGGGCUGGGACAAGCUGCCUGCCUUUUGGCUUUACUCUCUACGCACUAGAGCACGCCCUAGGGAGAUACUGUACGCCUUUUCACGCUGACUUCACGGGGAUGUUGGGGCUUGCUUCUUCUUCAAGCCACGUUAAAAUAUGCCUUCGUGUCUGA